AUGACUUUGAAACGACCAUCGACUCAAUAUCAUCAAGUAUUUACAGAUAAAAGAAAUAUAUUAAAAUAUAGAGAGCUUUCCUGCUUUUGUAAAUUUACAAAGAGAGGAUUUUGCAUCUGUCUGAACACCAAAACGUACCAAGUGAAUAAUAAUGCUGCUAAGCAGUUAAAUCUAGACCCUACUAAGCAAAUCCACCUUCAAAUCCUCGUUCAAAUCCUCCAACCAAAAAGACACGAUAUUCAAGAUCCAUCAGAUGAAGACGUCCCUCUUGCCGUGUUCAAGCAAAUCCAAAAUAUACCAUCCCAACGAAGUAUUUACCGAGCUGUUCAUGGAUCUUCAUCUGAUAGUGACGACGAGUCACAGAUUGAUAAGAAAAAUCGUAAAUCGAUGGAUGUAGAUGAUAAAUUUCGUUUUCAAAAUUUUCAUGUAGAGGAGGACCAAGUGGCUUUCACUUUUUACGACAAAAUUUCUCAACAGGUAUCAAUUGGUGAUUUUUUCCAUGUUUAUGGCAGUAACAAAAAAAAGAACAUUUAUUCUUACGUUUGCAAGGCUCUGUCCUCUAUAGAAGAAGACGGUGAAAUUAAAGUUAUGUUUUUACGGGUAGUUAGUAAUGAUACGAAGAAGUUUAGAGUAGACAAAAAGGAUAUCAGCUACGUAAAUUAUGAAGAUGUCAUUAGCAUCUUGCCGGUACCAAGUCUUCUAGAAAAAGAUAUGUAUAAAUUUACUGAUUCCAUUGAUAUAUUUGAAAAAUAA